UUAUUUUGUAUCAUAAAGACUGACUGAUCUCUCAUGCAGUGAAGAAGCUGGCUUGUAGUAUGUCACCCCGUUGUGUACCCGUGUGUGUAAUAUUACUGCUGAUCUCUGGACUGCUGGAAGCUAAACUAUACUAUUCACUCGUCUUCCCAGCAGAGUUGCGUUCACUACAUCCUGGCAAUGUCUGCCUACACCUGGGGGAAGCUGAGGGAGAGAGCAACGUGACCAUUUCAUUACAUAUGGAUGGAAAGACCAGCACUAUCUUAGACAGGACAUUCCAGCAGGGCUCCAUAUUCACCUGUAUUCCUGUGCAGAUUACAGAUCCUUCUUUAAGCAUUGAUAUAGAAGCACAGCUGUCAAUUUCUAUUCAGAAUGCUGUAGAAUCCAUAAGAAAUGUCAGUACCGUUAUUGUGAGGAAGAUUGAACAUCGUAGCCUGGUUCAAACAGACAAGCCAGUGUAUAACCAAGGAGAGACAGUGCAUAUCAGAGUGAUUUCACUCGAUGCAAAUUUUCAACCUGCACUAAGAAUGAUUCCAGUUGUUCAAUUGCAGAAUCCAAAUUGGAAACUGAUUGGCCAAUGGUUUAAUGUAACUCUGGCUCAGGGAUUGGCUGAUUUGUCCUUUAAAUUGCCCCCCGAGACUCCACUGGGGCGAUACACCAUCCGGCUGGAGGGUAUCACCCAUACUUUUAUGGUGCUGAAAACUGUGCGUCCACAAUUUGAGGUCACCCUCCAGUCCCCCAAGGCUGUUUCUUUUAACAGUGAAAAAUUUCCAAUGAAAAUAUGUGGCAGAUACACCUUUGGAAAGCCAGUAAAAGGAGAUUAUAGGAUCGAAGUUUGUCGUCAAUAUAGUGACCAACAAUACUGGAGUGCUGGAGAUCAAAGAAACAUGCAAAAUGGCAUUUGUACAGACUUCACUGGGAAGUUGGAUCCUUCAGGAUGUUCCACAGUGGAGGCAAAAUCUGAAACUCUUAACCUAACUAGGAGUAACCUUGAAAUGAGUUUGGACGCAUCUGCAUAUAUUACAGAGAAAGAGACAGGGGUUCAGCUGUCAACCCGCAGUCAUAUCUCCAUCUCAAACGAUUUGUACAAACUGCAGUUUGUUGACCUUGUAACCUACUACAAGCCUGGGCUCCCAUACAAAGGGACGCUCAAACUGGAAGAUGUCAAUGGUAAUCCUAUAUCCGGGCAGACUGUUCAGUUCUUGGCCUUCGCUUUCUAUUUCUCAAGCGAUCAAACACUGGUGACCAAUGAGAAAGGACUAGCCGACUUUAAGAUUGAUGAUACCACCAAAUUGGGGGGUCGAAUCUCGAUAAAGGCAAAAACUAAAACAAAACGUGUAAAGGGCUUCAUUACAGUUGAAGAUUGCUCUGCUCAAGCUAUCAUUAAUGCCAUCUACUCUGAGGAGAGGAGCUUCCUGAAUGUCCACAAACCAAAUCCAUAUCUUCCAUGUGAAGUUCAGCAGGAGAUUAAGGUGGAAUAUUCGAUCCUUUACUCAGAGCUCUGGGAGAAAGAUCACCACAUAGACCUAAAUUACUUGAUUACUAGUAGAGGAUCAAUUCAACAGUUUGGAUCAUCACAAAUACCUAUUCCAGAUGGUAGUUCAGAUUUUCAUGGGGAAACCUUCAUCAACCUUUCACCUAGUCCUGAAAUGUCUUCGACCCUCUGUGCAUAUGUAUACAUCGUAUUUCCAGAUGGACAUGUUGCGUCAGACUCAAAGUUCUUCGACGUAGACAGAUGCUUAAAGAACAAGGUAUCAGUUGGGUUCUCCCCAGAUGAGGUCCUCCCGGGAUCGAAUGUGUCUCUCCAGGUUCAGGCUGCUCCUGGCUCUCUUUGCGGUAUCGGGACGGUGGACAUGAGCUUAGCGCUAUUGGAUCCAAGCAAAGAGCUGACUGAUGACAAGAUCUUUGAUCUCUUUCCAUAUUCAGAUUCAACACAUUACAAAGGAAGACUCCUGACUCCAUCAUACUGUCAAUAUGGCUACUAUUCUCGAGAUGUAAUUGGUUACCCAGGAGAUUUUGCGGCCUUCAAGGAUUCUGUUGAUGCUGAUACAGUGUUUCGUGUGUUAAGGAAGUGGUCGGGCAUGCAUGACAUAGUAACAGCGAUUAAAAUAGAAAUGAUGACAAAUGUUGAAAUUGAAAAUUCAUUUCAAUGUAAAGAAUUCGAUAUUUUUCACAAUGAUUUCAACCUUAGAAUGCCUGUAAAAACAGAGAGGACCCAAAAAUAUUUUCCAGAAACGUGGAUAUGGAGAACGAUAGCUGUGGGGGACAGCGGUAAUGCAGAUUUUCAUCUCCCUGCUCCAGACAUCAUUGCAGAUUGGAAUGUUGGGGCCCUCUGUAUGGGCCCUAGUGGAAUUGGCCUGUCUCCUCCUGCCUCUCUUCGGGUCUCCCAGCCGUUCUUUGUGGAUCUCGACGUCCCGCACUCUGUAGAGAGAGGAGAAACUUUCAUCAUUAUAGCCUCUGUGUCUAACUAUUUGCCACAAUGUAUAAAGGUACAAACCACUCUUCUACCUUCCCCGGAACUAACGCAGGAGGAGAACAGUCAAUAUACCGAGUGUCUGUGUGCAGAGGAGAGUAAAACCUUUAAAUGGAACCUGAAAGCCACAAAACUGGGAUCGGUAAAUGUCAAAGUGAGGACAGAAGCAAUAAACUCGUUAGAACUGUGCCAAAAUGAGAUCCCGGUUGUUCCCAGCCAUGGCAGUUCCAAUACAAUUACUAAGCCAUUACUCAUACAGAGCGCUGUGUUCCAGACCAAAGGGCGUUAAUUAGGACCUGCGAUAUAUGAACACUUGCAACCGCACACCCCAAACCCCGAGGGAAUGGCCUUCUGAUGGAGAAGACUGGAGGUCCUUGACCAGUAGGGAGAUGCCUGGUGUCUCCUUACUCAGACAUACCUUGGGACAUUGGGGGGUGAUGAUGGGGGUGAUGAUAUCAUCAAAAAGGAGUGCGAUUGAGAAAGAUGAACCUUUUAUUGUACUGCUUCAAACAAGAUACAAAAUGGACAUUAGUCUUAAUAUACUUUAGUCAAACUGUAAUUUUCACCUAAUGCGCCAAAAUACGCCUAAAAUGUAUUAUUGAUGAUGAUUAUGGAAAUAAAUAUCACUGCCUUGGACAUUAAAAGAGAAAUUGCUGAA